UCGCCAUUGCCGCUGGUGGCAGGAGGCUGCGAGGAGCCGGCGCGGUCGCAGUCUCCACGGCGCAGGCCCACGGUAGCGCAGCCGCUCUGAGAUCUUCAUGGAGGAACACGGAGUGACCCAAACUGAACACAUGGCUACCAUAGAAGCGCAUGCAGUGGCCCAACAAGUACAGCAGGUCCAUGUGGCCACUUACACUGAGCACAGUAUGCUGAGUGCUGAUGAAGACUCGCCUUCUUCCCCUGAGGACACCUCUUAUGAUGAUUCAGAUAUACUCAACUCCACAGCAGCUGAUGAGGUAACAGCUCAUCUGGCUGCUGCAGGUCCUGUGGGAAUGGCUGCUGCUGCUGCUGUGGCAACAGGAAAGAAACGAAAACGGCCUCAUGUGUUUGAGUCUAAUCCAUCUAUCCGGAAAAGACAGCAAACACGUUUGCUUCGAAAACUUCGAGCCACAUUAGAUGAAUAUACUACUCGAGUGGGACAGCAAGCUAUUGUCCUCUGUAUCUCACCCUCCAAACCCAACCCUGUCUUUAAAGUAUUUGGCGCAGCACCUUUGGAGAAUGUGGUGCGUAAGUACAAGAGUAUGAUUUUGGAAGACCUGGAGUCUGCUCUGGCAGAACACGCCCCUGCGCCGCAGGAGGUUAACUCAGAACUGCCACCUCUCACCAUCGAUGGAAUUCCAGUCUCUGUGGACAAAAUGACCCAGGCCCAGCUCCGGGCAUUUAUCCCAGAGAUGCUCAAGUAUUCCACAGGUCGGGGAAAACCAGGUUGGGGGAAAGAAAGCUGCAAGCCCAUCUGGUGGCCAGAAGAUAUCCCAUGGGCAAAUGUUCGGAGCGAUGUCCGCACAGAAGAGCAAAAGCAGAGGGUUUCAUGGACCCAGGCACUACGGACCAUAGUUAAAAACUGUUAUAAACAGCAUGGGCGGGAAGAUCUUUUAUAUGCUUUUGAAGAUCAGCAAACACAAACACAGGCCACAACCACACACAGUAUAGCCCAUCUUGUACCAUCACAGACUGUAGUCCAGACCUUUAGUAACCCUGAUGGCACUGUCUCGCUUAUCCAGGUUGGUACAGGGGCAACAGUAGCCACAUUGGCUGAUGCUUCAGAAUUGCCAACCACAGUCACUGUUGCCCAAGUGAAUUAUUCUGCUGUGGCUGAUGGAGAGGUGGAACAAAAUUGGGCCACGUUACAGGGAGGUGAGAUGACCAUCCAGACAACGCAAGCAUCAGAGGCCACCCAGGCAGUAGCAUCAUUGGCAGAGGCUGCAGUGGCAGCGUCUCAGGAGAUGCAACAGGGAGCUACAGUCACCAUGGCACUUAACAGUGAAGCGGCUGCCCAUGCUGUUGCCACCCUGGCUGAGGCCACCUUACAAGGUGGGGGACAGAUUGUCUUGUCUGGGGAAACCGCAGCAGCCGUCGGAGCACUUACUGGAGUCCAAGAUGCUAAUGGUUGCAAGUGGAUCCUGACUGAGAAGGCCGCAGGUGGGAAAAGAAGGAAGCAGCUUGAGGGCCUGGUCCAGAUCCCUGUGAGCAUGUACCAGACUGUGGUAACCAGCCUCGCCCAGGGCAAUGGGCCAGUGCAGGUGGCCAUGGCCCCCGUGACCACCAGGAUAUCGGACAGCACGGUCACCGUGGAUGGCCAGGCUGUGGAGGUGGUGACAUUGGAACAGUGACAUGCAGCUGUAUUGUGGCAUCGUUUUCUAGUCUACUUCAAGAUUUUUUACACGUUCGCAGAGGUGCAAUCAAAAGGAAUUAAUAAGUCUCUCGACUUUGGAAGAAAAGUCUUGUUAACCUUUUUUUUUUUUAAAGGAAGAAAAGCAGAGGAUUUUGGAAUUGCAUUUUUUAAAGCACCACUCUUGGUUUUCUGGGAUUGGUGGAGUAAGAAACUGCUGUCAAUUUCACUGUCCCAAAAAGGCCAAAUUGUGGCAGGACUUCUUUCUGCAGAAACGUGUGUGUAUACUAUGUGUGUGUAUGUGUGUGUGAAUAUAUGUAUAUGUGUACAUAUGGACAUACACAUUUACAUAUAUAUAAAGUAUAUAUAUACAUAUAUAUGUAUGAAACCCGCAUGGAAUUAUCUGUAUGAAGUCAAGGUGAGCUGUGGAAACAAUAAUUCACCCAGUUUAGUGGGUGGUAGGGUACGUGGCCAGACACAGUCACCCGGUAUUUGUUCAUACCAGGGUCAUGCGUUGAGCUACUGACAAACUCAGGCGGAGGUGACCAUGCCCUUCACCAAAGCUGCCUCCCAGUGGCCGCCUGGAACUCUCCCUGCUGGACUCACCUGCGAAGGGAGGUUCCAGUACAGAGUGGGGUCCAGAAAACGUGCUUGCAAGGUCCAGGGGCCGCGUGUUCUGCCAGCUGAGAUGCUCCUUGGGCUGGCCCAGGUGCUGACCUUGCCACAUGCAGAUGAAUGUCCUAAAAGCUCCCAGACAGGGACAAGAAGGUUUUUCUCAGCUUCCCAUCUCCUUCCCUCCCCUGGAAUCCUCUUGAUCUCAUGACUAUUAAAAUGUUGCUUUGGUUUUAAGGUCAGUCCUGAAUUGGUCAUGUAUAUGAACUAAAGGUAACAGAAGUAUUAAGGGUCUGAGGAGUGUGUGUGUGUUAAGUGUGCUUG